UGAUUGGUUCAUUUCCGUAUCUCGAAUUCCACACGAGAACCGCCGGACGUCCCAGAAUGCAAUGCGUGACUGGGUUGAUGGUCGGUCUAAGACGCAAGUUGAAACCAGCUAAAUGUAGAAUGGUUUCCUAUUACACUGGUAUUUCUUUCCUGUUUUAACGGACGAAAUAUAACCUGGACGCCGAAGACACACGACGCGCUGCAUUCCCCAUAUGGUGGGAAAUGUAAACUGAUUCUUUCAAACGAAAGGCGAGGUUUUGUUACAACUAUAUCUACAGCGAGUUAUUAAUGUAAACAGGUAUGGAGGGUGAAGGAUCAGAAACCCAGACUGAGGUUGUGGAUGGAAAGCCGGCAAAAAGACAGAAGAUUGACAAAACUGGCAAGUCUAAUCCAGUGACAGAUAAUGGAGUUAAAAAAGAUGGGGAAAACAAAGACGCAGAUAUUUUCACAGAAACUAUCGGUGCAGGAACAGAUAUAGACAAUGUAAGCCAGGUAGAACUGUGCCAAUCUGUAACGAAGGCAACCACGAAAGAAAUGAUGACAAAUGAACCACCUGGGGCACAACCAGCUCCAGUGGAACAGCAAAGUGCUGAGACAACUCCUGCUGAAACAUUGCCAGCAAGUGGAACACUUGCAAAUUCCGCAGAAACUCCAUCAGGCAUCGAGAAGUCACAAGAUGAGGCCAAGUCAGAGGUGAACUGGGAAGGAGUUGAUGGUGGGGAAUGUUCACUACCUGCCGUGACUAAUGUCACAUUGACAAAUCUUACCGAAUUUGCUCCUCAAGAUCCCAGUGCAACACCAGUUAACCUCGAGAACUGUGUCUAUGGGUUGGCCCCGGCAGCUGUUAUGACAAGCCUGGCAAAUCAACAGCUCAGACCUAUUGCAAACCAGUUUGGUGCAAACACCACAACACUGUUUGCUGCCGGCAAUUACCCUCAUAUUAUAACCACACCCUCUCAAGCUGGUCUGCAGGGCUUUGCUACAGCAGGUGCUACGUUAUCAGCUGUUCCAGCAGGUGUUCUCUAUGCCCAGACCGGACCACAGCCGUCGCCUGUGGCAGGAUUCUCGCUUGUUACCCAACCAAUACACUACCAAACUGCCACUUUAAAUGCGGCUGUCAAAACCUCAACAGGAGAACAGCCUUCGGCAACAGAACAAGUGACAUCAGAUCAACAACAGCAAGCACAACAACAGUCGCAGCCUCAACAACAACAACAAGCAACGCAACAGCAGGUUGACGGAAGUGAGAUUCAAACGGUUCAAAAUAUUGCAUUUGCAGCCAGUAACACAUUCACUCCUGGGAGUUAUGCAGGCGUGUUACCCUCAGCACAAGCAUAUGGAAAUGCAUAUUUGGCCCAACAGCCUGGAGUUUCAGGACAAACAACGUACGUCACCUACCCCUCCACAAGUGGCGAAACACAACCUACGACCAAUGGUACUCUGAAUACAGUUCAGCCAAACGGUCAGGCAUUAUACCAAUACAACCCUGCUGCAUUUGGUCGUGGUCAGCCGCCGACGUAUCCCUACAGUUUCAUCAGCAAUCCUGGGACAUAUGCAGCGCGAGCCUACGUCCCAGUCCCUGGGACAGCGUCAGCGAGUAUCGGGCAUGCCACGAGUUAUCAAAUGACACAGCUGUCGAAUGUCAUAACACAGAAUAAUGCUGCAGUAAUUGGUCUGCCGGAUGGCCUUAAUGGAGGUAACAUUCAGUACGCAGGGCAGAUGACGUCAGCCGUUGCGCAGCCGCAGUCACCGUCGACCGUUAAAACGGAAAUGAACCCCGGCGUUCUUGUGCAAAACUCUACCGCUGGUCAUGUUCAGGUCGUCGAUUCGUCUCAAAUUGUGACGUCCGCGAGUGAUGGUAACCAUAGCAACAGCAAUAGCAAUAGGUCACGUGGUCGUGCGGGUCGUGGCAGGGGGAAAAGUUCGGGUCGAGGAAGACGGUCGACUUCGGGACCUGGGCCUGAAAUUGAUCAUAAUAUUGAGAGAAUAUUCAUAUGGGACCUCGAUGAGACAAUAAUUCUGUUUCAUUCUCUACUCACUGGUUCCUACGCUGGAAAGUACGGGAAGGAUGCUCCAUCAACUGUCUCCAUUGGAUUACGAAUGGAAGAAAUGAUUUUUAGUCUGUCCGAUACGCACUUGUUCUUCCACGAUCUUGAGGACUGUGACCAAGUCCAUAUCGAUGACGUGGCCGCCGAUGACAAUGGCAUUGAUCUUAGCACAUACAAUUUUGAAAACGAUGGUUUCCACUCCUCCGCGAAUAUGUGCCUGAAUCAAAACAUGCGCGGAGGGGACUGGACGAAGAAACUGGCGUAUCGUUAUCGGAGAAUUAAAGAGAUAUAUAAUAGUUAUCGCAAUAAUGUUGGAGGUCUUCUUGGCCCAACUAAAAGGGAAACUUGGUUACAGCUCAGAAUGGAAAUGGAAGCGCUUACAGACUCCUGGUUGACACUUGCUUUGAAAGCUCUUACUUUAGUUCACUCCAGGUCGAAUUGUUUGAAUCUACUCGUGACCACAACUCAACUCGUGCCAGCCCUGGCAAAAUGUCUGCUCUAUGGUUUGGGAGGAAUAUUUCCCAUCGAGAACACAUACAGUGCAGCGAAAGUCGGCAAAGAGUCUUGUUUUGAAAGAAUUGCGAAUCGUUUUGGUCGAAAAUGUACUUACAUUGUUGUGGGAGAUGGUCGCGAUGAAGAAGUCGCAAGUAAACAGAUGAAUUUUCCCUUUUGGAGAGUAUCCAGUCAUCAAGAUCUCAUAAAUCUCCACCACGCGUUAGACCUGGGCCAUUUAUAACGAGACGUGCGACAGGUGAUGGUUGCUACCAGCAUACAUCAAGUAUACGAAUUGAUCAUACCGCAGAAAGAUUCUUUCUGUGUAAAUUUCAUCACUCGAUUGGGACAACGUCGGUCCAUGACACUUGAACUCGUAGAGAUCAGUUCGACGUUGAGUUUUCGAUAUAAAGCGUUCGUCAAAAUGGCUACCCAACUAGCUUGAUAAAACAGUUGUUUUGUGUGGGGGGUUUUAUGGGGAAAACUGUAGACAUAUCGUUUCAAACAUUGGGUAUACCACGGAAUACUCCAAUCACCCCCCCCCCCUUUGCCUGUGUCACGGCUAGGCUGUUUUAACAAUUUGACAAGACGAAAACAAGCUCUUUUAUUCAAAUUAAAAAUUUGCUUUCGUAGAAUUGUGAAAAGUAUUGUCGAAUGCAUGGGUUUUAUGAAAUCCUAACACUGGAUCUGAUCCUAUAAUCGAUAUGUUUUCAUAAUUCAUUCUCAAUUGUAUUACCGCCUACUGUAUACUGUUCAUUCUUCUUGCGUACGAAACUUUUCUAUUUUGUAAAGAGACGUAUAUUGUUUAAAUAGAAAUUAUUUUCAUAUAUAAUUGAUUAAAAUAGAUCUAUUGAAACUAAUCAUGUACAUAUAUACUCGUAUAUAUAGCUGUGAAAAUAUAUUUAGAUUGGAUAAU